GCUGUGUGGAUGACGUUGCUUAGAAACUCAGACGUCUGGAGCUAGCUAGCUAGCCAGCUAGUUUACAGUCUGAUGACUUGUUUCGCUGAAAUAAAACGAUGAUGUCAACUUAGCGAAGCAUUGCUUUUGUAAUUUAAUAGCACUACGCUGGACUAAAAUAUCAACUUAAAACAGACGUCCGGCUAGACAAAGCUGGGGUGUUUUGGUAACUGGUAUCUAGCCAAUUUACCUCACAAGUCUGGUGAAAGAGAAGGCAAACCUCAACCAUGCCUCUGCUUUUUUUGGAGAGGUUUCCUUGGCCCAGUCUGCAAACCUACACAGCGCUGAGUGUGGCCCUACUGGCUGGUAGCAUUUUCAGCGCCUACACCACUGUGACAGAUCCUGGGUAUGAGGUCUCAGAUGUGGAUGAGCCUCCACCCAUUCCCUCUGGUGUAGACAUUGAAGACCUUAGUGGUGAUACUGGGGACAAAGACUUGGCAUCCACCGUUCUGGGGUACCUUGUGGCUGACAGUCUGUUUGUAUGGGUGUUGGUCAACACAGCUUGCUGCUCUCUGAUGCUGAUCGCUAAGAUGAUCCAGUGUAUUGUGUUUGGGCCCCUCCGGGUCAGCGAGAAACAGCACCUGAAGGACAAGUUCUGGAACUUUAUCUUCUACAAGUUCAUCUUCAUCUUUGGGGUGCUGAACGUGCAGACGGUGGAGGAGGUGGUCAUGUGGUGUCUGUGGUUCUCUGCCCUGGUCUUCCUCCACCUCAUGGUCCAGCUCUGCAAGGACCGCUUUGAAUAUCUGUCCUUCUCCCCCACCACUCCUAUGAACAGCCAUGUCCGUGUCCUGGCCCUGCUGGUGUCUCUGCUGCUGGGCUGCUGUGGCCUGGCUGUUGUGUGUGGCCUGCUGGGAGCGGUCCAUGGGAUGCACACCCUCUCCUUCAUGGCUGCCGAAUGUCUAUUGGUGACUGUACGAACAGGGCAUGUCAUCAUGCGGUAUUCUAUUCACUUGUGUGAUCUGAACCACCCUGGGACUUGGGAGAGCAAGGGCACCUACGUGUACUACACAGACUUCAUCAUGGAGCUGACUAUGCUGUCCCUGGACCUAAUGCACCACAUCCACAUGCUGCUGUUUGGAAACAUCUGGCUGUCCAUGGCCAGUCUAGUCAUCUUCAUGCAGCUGCGCUAUCUCUUCCACGAGGUCCAGCGACGCAUCCGCCGCCACAAGAACUACCUGCGCGUCAUCGACAACAUGGAGGCGAGGUUUGCAGUGGCCACAGCAGAGGAGCUCACUGCCAACAACGAUGACUGUGCAAUCUGCUGGGAUGCCAUGCAGACUGCACGCAAACUGCCCUGUGGCCAUCUCUUCCACAACUCCUGCCUCCGCUCCUGGCUGGAGCAGGACACCUCGUGCCCUACUUGUCGGAUGUCCCUGAACAUCAACGGAGAUGGGGGCCUGGCACGGGCCCAGCAGCACCCAGGGGGGCCCCUGGAGGAUAACAUGGGCCCCGGAGGGCCUGCUGCAGAUGCCCGGCCACACAUCAACCAUCACAACCAUUUCUUCCACUUCGAUGGAUCCCGCAUUGCCAGUUGGCUGCCCAGUUUUUCAGUUGAGGUGAUGCACACCACCAACCUCCUGGGCAUCGCUCAGGCCAACAACUCUCAGCUGAAUGCCAUGGCCCACCAGAUCCAGGAGAUGUUUCCCCAGGUGCCCUACCACCUGGUGCUGCAGGACCUGCAGCUGACCCGCUCUGUGGAGGUCACCACUGACAACAUCUUGGAGGGACGCAUCCAGGUGCCGUUCCCUACACAGCCUUCAGAGCGAGCCGCACUGCAGGGUGGCCCUGCAUCAGAAGAGCCAGCUGGGGCCAGUGGAGGGGAGCACGGCAGGCCCAGCGAGCUAGACAACCUUGAGGUCAGAGGCAGCCGCUUCUCUAAGUCGGCCGAGGAGAGACAGAAGAUGUUAAUGCAGAGGAAGGAUGAACUCUUGCAGCAAGCACGCAGGAGAUACCUGAGUAAGAGCCCAGAGGAAGAAGAGGAGAACCCGCCCAGACUGGAGGAUGACGGGCCUGACUCCAACCUGCUCAGGCACAGGACCCUGGCAGCCGCAGCAGCAGAGAGACGCAACGAAAACCACCAGGACCCGGCACCCUGAGACCCAGCUCACAUGCCCACGCGCUCAGACCAGCCUCCAGACCCCUCCAGAGUGACCACCACACUCAUUUUAAGAGGCCCUGAAAGAGCUAGUCCCACAUUCAAAAUGAUCCACGGAAAUACCUACACAAACGUGAUUUGAAACCAGUGUUCCGAGCAUGGCUGCAGCGGGGGUGGGCUGCUUUAGACUGCCUUUAGAAAGACGAGACCUGCCAGAAAAUUAGGAAUGGCCUGUGAGUCUGAGCUUUCAUAAGUGUCUACAUGGGCGUGUGCGUGUGUGCGUGUGUGCGUGUGUGUGUGUGUGUGUGUGUGGGG